AUGGAGAAGGCCAAGAAGAGUCAGGCUGACCAGUCGCGCAUCAAAGCUGAGUCGGAGAAGGAUCUGCAACAGACGAAGAUUUCCAUGGAGCAGGAUCGAAAGUCCCUGAGUGACGUGACCAUGGACUGCAAGCAGGAGGCCGCCGACUACCACGAGGAGACGAAGAGCCGUGGCCUCGAACUCGAGGCGCUCGCCGCAGCGAAGGCCGCGCUGGCGGAGUCCUCCGGACUUUCCUUUUUGCAGCUGGUGUCCAAGUCCAACAUCAAGAGCAGCGAGGACCUCAAGCACUUCGAAGUGGUCCACAUGCUGCGCAAUCUCGGCCAGAAGUUGGGGGAUCAUCAGCUGGUUCUCCUCAGCCGGCGCAUGGACGGGAUGUUGCGCACGGAAUCCGGGGCCGAUGUCUUCUCCAAGAUCAAGACGAUGAUCACGGACAUGAUCACCACCAUGAAGGAGAACUUGCAGGCGGAGGCUACCAAGAAGGCUUACUGUGACAAGGAGAUGGGUGAGGCGGCCGAGAAGAAGGCCGGUAAAGAGGCAGACCUUGACGAUGUGAGCACCAAGAUCGAUGCCACAGCCUCGAAGUCCGCAUCCCUGAAGCUUGGCCUCUGUGUUCCUGCACGUUGGCUGGUGGUGAUGGUGAAAGAGCGGGUGUGCGGGCGACAGUUGUCGCCGGCCAGAGACCUUUACCUGGGAGUGGUGGCCAUAAAGUCUGAGCUGACCACGCUGGCGGAGACCCAGGCAAACAUGACUGCGCUGCGCCAGGAGGACCUUCAGUUUCGGAACUCCGGCAUCAAGGUCACCAGUGGCGAGCGUGAGGGUGCCGCCGGUGGCGUGAUCGGACGUCUCGAGGAUGUCGAGGCAGACAUGGCCAUGAGCCUCUCUCAGAUGCGCGCGCCGGAGAAGACGGCGCAGAUGAACUACGAGCGGGACACCCAGGACAUGAAGCUUGAGAAGACCCAGAAGGAGAAGGACAUCGACUACAAGACUGCUGAAGCUCAGCGCCUGGACUCAGAGCUCACGGAGCUGAACUCCGACCAGGAGAGCAUGCAGCCGCGCAGCUGCAAGCAUAUUAUUGCUUGUUAUUGCCUGUUUUAUUCUUACGAUGGUCCCUCACAUUCAGUUCCUCAGCAGCUUACUGUAUACUAUCAGUCUUUCCUACCUACGAUAUGUUAG